AACUUCCCCAAACCUCAGACCUGUGACAGAAGCUGAGCUGCAGACAAGUAGGCUGUCCUGCGCUCUCAGGAAGAGAUGUACCCGAUGCUUGUGCUGCUGGGCCUCGCGGCCCUCCUGGGUGCCUCCCAGGGCCGCACGGAUUGCUACGGCAGUGUAAACAGAAUUAAAACCACUGGGGCUUCAUGCAGAACUGCAAAGCCAGAGGGUUUGUCCUACUGUGGAGUUCGUGCUUCACAAAAGAUUGCUGAGCGGGACCUAAGAGCUAUGAACCAAUACAAAACACUCAUCAAGAGGGUUGGUGAAAAACUGUGUGUGGAACCAGCCGUGAUUGCUGGCAUCAUAUCCCGGGAAUCUCAUGCUGGCAAAGCACUGAAGAAUGGCUGGGGUGACAAUGGGAAUGGAUUUGGUUUGAUGCAGGUUGACAAAAACUAUCAUAAACCUCAGGGACAAUGGAACAGCGAAACUCAUCUUACUCAGGGCACAAACAUACUUAUCUCGAUGAUAAAGACAAUACAGAGGAAGUUCCCAAACUGGACAAAGGAUCAACAGCUGAAAGGUGGGAUUUCUGCCUACAAUGCUGGUUCUAACAAUGUCCGAAGCUAUGACAGAAUGGAUAUCGGCACGACUCACGAUGACUACGCCAACGAUGUGGUUGCACGAGCCCAAUAUUACAAGAAACAGGGAUACUAGACUCUGUAACCUCCACUGAGUAACUUUCUUACCACCACUUGCGUGAUACCCCGGAACGAGACAGGACACGGAGCAGCCAUUCCCUGCAAACCCAAAGAGAUGCAGAUUUACAGGAACGAUUUACAUGAAUAAGAAUUUGCAGACUAAAGCCCUGAAUUUUUAAAGCAACAUUCAGUAACACACUAGUCAUGUAGGCUCUUUACAAGCAAUAUGAUUUGGAUUUUACAAAGGGACCAUUACCAAAAUCUUAAUGUUUUUUUCCUGUUGUCUACAUAUUUCUCUGAGUUACGAGGACAGUUUGGUUUGCUAUUGAUAAUUUGCUCCCUUCCAGAUCUUAAAACACAUUUCUGGUGAAAUCUGUCAUUCUCCUAAGAAAUCAAAAGUCAAAAUACUUCCUUGGAUAUUAGCUUCAUGAUUUAUUCUUUCAAAGCUGCUUGUUAUUUACAUUAUGCUGUGGAGUAGCCAUUUUUUUCCUCAAUGCUAAUUUUUCAUAUAAAUGCAUAGAAUAGAGAUGGAUGUUUCCAGUCAUACAGAAAUAAGCAAACAGAAAUUGAAUAAAAGUGGUACUAGCAAAAGAA